UAAUGAUAUCCUUGAAUCACUUAAACGCAAUAAGAUAUCUGUUGGAUAUGUUUUAUAUUGUGAUGAAGGCCAUGGAUUUGUCAAACCUAAAAAUAUGCUUUCAUUUGCUGCUUUUACAGAAAAAUUUUUAUCAACCUAUUUAGGUGGUAGAUGUGAACAGUAUGAUAAGGAUGAAUUUAAAAAUUUGAAUCUUAAAGUUGAAUGUGGAAAGAACUUGUUGGGUUUAUCAUAA